CUUUUAUUCUGUGUUUUCAAUCUUACGUUGUUACGUUGGUUGCUUCAUAGUCGAAUUUUAUUAUAGUUAAUUUAUUGUAAAACUAUUGUAGGUACUGUGGAUGCGACUUAUCAGAGAAUAAUUAUUUGUUUCCUGGAUGUUUAUACCAUUCCUACAAGUGAUUUAGACAACAUAUUCUUUCAUAAAUACCAAAAUUAAGGCAUUAUUUUCCACGAUUAUGCCAAUCACUAAACGGAAAAAUUCGCCAGAGAAAGAAGAACUUCUCGAAAACGGCGACACUUUGGCAGAAAUUGGUUCAAGUAAUAUAAAAGGUGAUGAAGUUAAUAUUGCGGUUUUGCUAUUUUUAUAUACCCUUCAGGGCAUACCGCUCGGAUUGGCAGCGGCAGUCCCUAUGCUUUUACAAAACCGUGGAAUAACAUACACGCAACAGGCUGAAUUCAGUUUGGUAUACUGGCCCUUUAGUCUAAAAUUGUUAUGGGCACCAGUAGUUGAUGCUUUUUACUGGCCAAAUUUCGGAAGGCGUAAGACAUGGCUUGUGCCUGUGCAGUACUUAAUUGGAUUGGUCAUGAUAAUUAUGUCUAGUAAUGUCACAGGGUGGCUUGGUUCAGAGACUGACACUCCAUCCAUGAUGUUGUUAACUUCGUCAUUCAUGUUUCUUAACUUUUUGGCUGCAACUCAAGAUAUUGCUGUAGAUGGUUGGGCUCUUACUAUGUUAAAAAGGUGUAAUGUAGGACAUGCAUCUACAUGCAACACGGUUGGACAGACAGCAGGCUACUUUUUGGGUUAUGUUUUAUUCUUGGCACUUGAGUCGCCAUACUUUUGCAACAAAUAUCUUCGUUCUGCCCCUGAAGACACAGGCAUGGUCACGCUCGCUAGUUUCCUCUUAUUUUGGGGAUGGAUAUUUAUCGCAACAACUACUCUAAUAGCUAUAUUCAAACACGAAGCCAAUGAGGAUACUACAAACAAUAGACAAAACCAACCCAAAAAUAUGAAAGACAUUGUAAAUGCAUACAAACAAUUGUAUACUAUUGUGAAACUGCCAGCAGUACAGACUUUAGCUCUUGUAUUAUUUACUGCAAAGUUGGGAUUUUGUGCCAGUGAUGCCGUCUCAGGAUUAAAACUUGUUGAAGCUGGAGUGCCGCGAGAAGAUUUGGCAUUACUUGCAGUGCCAUUAGUGCCAGUGCAAAUCAUAAUGCCAGUGAUACUAGCCAAACACACAACUGGGCCUGCUCCUUUCACAUUGUGGCUAAAAGCAUUUCCAUUGAGAUUACUAGUAGGACCAUUAGUCGCCUUGUUGGUGGCUUUAACACCAAGUCUACUCGGAGACUCUGGACCUUCUUACUCUUACCUCUUCAUCCUCAUGUCAUUGUAUGUAUUCCAUCAGACGUGCCUGUACUGCAUGUUCGUAGCGGUAAUGGCUUUUUACGCCAAAGUAUCAGAUCCCACAGUAGGAGGGACAUACAUGACACUGCUUAACACAGUAUCAAAUCUAGGCACCAAUUGGCCCAACACACUCGCUCUAUGGGCCAUUGACCAUCUCACAUUUAAACGGUGCACUGCUCCUUUGAAUGACAACACCUGUUCUUCUGUAGAAGAAACAGAGUUAUGUAAAAGCGCGGACGGCACAUGCGAGAUACGAAUGGACGGUUUCUACAUAGAGACCGUACUAUGCCUAAUAGUGGGAUACCUGUGGCUUCAAUGGGGUCGGCCGACCAUCAAUAGGCUACAGCGAUUACCUCCCAGCGCCUGGCAGAUUGGACGCAACAGAUAAGACUGAUAUUUCUUACAUACAUGCCAGCGUUGCCAGACGUCCCGAUUUUUAAAUCAAAAUUUAAUGUCCCGCGCAGGACAGGCUCAAUCCCGCUUUUCGGGAAUAACUCGACCGUGCGUGCAACGUACUGAGAAAGCACGGGCGGGUGGCACAGACAAGAGUGGACUGGCCGCCUGCCCAGUGUGUAAUGAAAUAAACAUUCAAUAACUUUUGACUAUAUAGGUUUUUUUUACUAUGUCCCGCUUUCGACGAAAGAAUCCCACUUUUUUUCACCCAAAAAGUUCCUAAAUCUCGACUUGGCAAAAAGAAAAUCUGGCAACGCUGACAUUUAUCACAUUCCAUUCCCAUUGACAUUGGCGAAGCUAGAGAUUUAACUUGGCUAUCCGUGCUUGCUAUUUGUAAACAUGACAUCAGUCUGUCCUUUUCAUUCCUUGUAGAGCGUGAUAAGGACAAACUGAUGUCAAGUUUAUAAAUAACAAACACGAAUAAUCAAUUGAAGUGCCGACAUAAGAAAUAACUACUCAAGAUAAGUAACCUAGGAAAAAAUUGUAUUCACUUACGGCGAAAUGAUGUUGCGAAAUUGUGAUCGAAUUUUGUAAAACGUACCUUUAUUAUUAAGUUUCAAAACAAAACUGGUAAUAAUUCAUAGCUAUAAGGCAAAAUAAUACUUUUUAAUGCCAGUUUUGUUUUAGGUGAAAUCUGAAACGUAACAUGGUUAAAAUAUAAUAGAGAUAGACAAAAAGUCAUAAUGUCAGGGGCAAGUAAAAAUAAGUCAAAUUUAGUUCAAUUACACCUAAGUGAUUUAAGACUCAGUCUUAUUUAGUUUUAAAUGAUAGGAAUCAUUCGUUAUUUUAGUAUGUUAUGUAUUUUGUUAUUGUAAAUUUAACCGAUAGCAUUUUAUAAUUUUACCUCCAUAUCCAAUUUCAUGAUCUUGAUAACAAUUCCUCAUUUAUGUAUCAAACAAUUAUAAAUUGAAUAAAAGCUUGUAAAAAGGUAAAACUCGUAGCAAUAAAGAAACAAAUCGAAAAAUAAAUUGCUAGACAUUCUGCGAAAGGGACACAACGUUUUUCCGGUAGCGUUCCGUACCUACACAAAUUCUGGAAAAACGUCUCAGAGGCUGAAUGUAAUUACGAUUUUCGAUGUAUUUCUUUAUUGGCGUGAGUUUUAAGUGCCUAUUGACAUUUUAUUUCAAUAAUUUAUACGAUUUAUCUUGUUUCUAGAUGUAAAUAAGAUUUUAUAUAAUUUUUAUGGGUAUAGUGAUUUUCAUUGGUUGUUGUGUAUGUAUAUAUUAUUUUAGUAGAUAAAUUAUUAUUAGAUUAAUAUUUCGUUGGCUGAUGAGCAGUUUAAAGCUUAAGUCUGAAUGUGUACUCAAAUCCAAAUUUCACCGUCAAUCUUCAAUCAAAUGCCCAUAUCCAUCAUUUUCACUUUAGUACCAAAAUAAAAGAACUAGCGUGAUAUCCUUGAUAUAGCCUAAUAGGGAUGAUUAACUUUUUUCUCUUCAUCCAGAUCAGGUGGAUUAUCAAAAAGUGUUGGACACAUAUUCUUUUAUUUUUUCACAUAAUCAAAACGUUACAGAGAUAUUUUGAUUUGAAAUGUCGCAUGAUGUCACGUCACUCCUAAACUUUGACGCGCUUGUUCUUUGUCAUUUUUUGGUUGAUUGACCAAAGAAAAAAUAAAUGUCCAUCUUUUUGAUAAUCUAACUGACGGACCAAAUAGAAUUUAGUUUACUUUACCCUAUCAUUAUCCCUCAUCCCUAUUAUCGAUUUAUAACAAGACUAGCGAUCCGCCCUCGCUUCGCUUCGGUGUGGACUAUAGUUUUUGCUCUCGAGCUUAUAAUACAUAAACCUUCAUCUUGAAUCACUCGUAUCUAUUUCUAAAAACUGCAUUAAUCCGUUCCUUAGUUUAAAAUAUCUAGCGUUAAAACAGCGGGAGCGUCUUAUUUUAUAGACAGAAAGUAAUUCUGAUAAGAACCUUUUAGGAAACAAUAAAAUAAAAAUAAAUUCUGAAAAUAACUCUUUAUUUAAACAAUAUCAAUAGUAAUUACGUUUCGAAAAUUUCAAUUCGUCAACGUUCGCAGCGUAAGGAGCUGCCGGUCGUGGUUAUGUCGUAUUAUCUCUAGCCAUUCGUCCAAAUCAUAGGCAGUAAAUGGGGAAAGUCUUUUGUUUUAAACACUUGAGACGAUAAAUUUCCUUAUUUUGUUAUUAAUUAUUGUUGAUAAUCUAUACUAAUAUUAUAAAGAAGAAAGAUUUGAUUGUUUGUAUGUUUGUUUGUUUGCAUUGAAUAGGCUCCGAAACUGGACUGAUUUGAAAAAUUCUUCCACAUUUAUAAUGCAACAUUAUCCCUGAUGAACAGGCUACAGGCUAGAGAGUAUUUUCAAAAAGUUAGGGUUCCGUAUGAAAACUUCUCUAAUGUAACCCAGGGUGCGAAAACAAUACCAAAAAAUGUCUAUAUCGCUUACGCUGCAGAAGUCAUUGACAAUAGAGCAAAGUGAUGUACUAAAGUUUUAUGGAAGACAUAAAUUUAAAUAUCUACAAAAAAAUCCUCGAUAUCAUGUCUAACUAUCACAGUUAUAACACACUGAGAUCCGCUGUCGUUCGUGUCAAUUUAAGAAAUCAGAAAUCAAUAUAUCUUUAUUCAAAUUGGAUGUAUAGUACAACUCUUUUGAAUCGUCCAAAAUUUUUUUCCCUACCACUCGUUAUGGACAUAUUUCUUAGCUGCGGAGAAAAACGAGCGAAAUAAACUCCACAACAUUAAAAGUCUAAUGUAACAACAUUUACAAAUCAUUAUGUUGUUAUACCGUCAGUACGAUUGUGAUUUAUUUAAUAUAGAAAACCUGUUGGUAUAUUUGGAACAGUAAAAACCCAAGCAUUUUUAUCUGUAACAUAAAGGUUCAUACCGGUUUUUAGUAAAGGUUUCGUUCGGAGCGCGUCCGAAAUGAAAGCGGUACCUAAAACCUUAAACCGGUUUAAUCCAGAGCGACACAUGCACGUGUCGGCAUCGCUUAAAGCCCGUCGCAGACGUAGCUAUGAUAUAUAUUAAUAUAUCGAAAUAUAUAUUAUAGCAAACCACCACAGACGGGAGCUAUACUAUAAUAUAUAUUUUGCCCUCACUCGGUCUGCGGUCGUUUUUGCAAGCGCACGGUUUUAAAGCUUAUUUUCUAGCACAGGAUGUUUUAAUUUUGAAAUAACGUUAUAAUCAAUCUUACCGAAAUGAAUUCGACAAGAGCACUACUUUUAGAUUUAAUUGAAAGUUCCUCAGAGGAUGAUUCCGAUGCUGAAUUUGAUAUGCAUGUUGCCUUGUCAGGAACGAAAAAUAGAACCAUCUGGGUAGAGUGGCAUAGAAAACAAAAGAAAACUUGUGGCGAAUUUAAUUUGUAUCGUGAUUUGUCAUCCAAUAAAUUUGCACAGUAUUUUUUUAGGUGAGGGAGGGUGGGGGAGAAAUGCUCGUGCGCACUGGAGCCGGAGAUCGGACAGGCGUUCAGUGAAAAGUUGAACAUUCCGUAUUAAAAAUAUAUACUAAUAUGCCAAAAUAUAUCCCGUCACUGACGUAGCUAUAAUAUAUAUUAAUAUAUCGAGAUAUUAUAUUAAACAAACUACCACAGACAGGAGCUGUACUAUAAUAUACAUUUUGGCAGGCGUUCGGUGAAAAAUGGAACAUU